GAGGCCGAGAGUUGUUCACACCAAAUUACUUGAGGGAAAAUAAAAAAGCUCUUUCUUCUUUUUAUUCUGUUCAUUCUGUUUUCAAGAUUUAAACUUUUGAUUAAUUCUGGGUUUUUCUUUGUGAACAUUCUUCCCCCCCCCUCAUCCCGCUUCAUUGAAUCCCUUUCUGUUAAUCAUCUGUCUUUGAAAAAAUAGAAUCUGAUAUUUGGGAUUGUUUUUCAGAACUUAGACAAGGAUUUCUUCAAAAGCCAGGUGUUUUCAGAAUCGAGAUCCAGUUUUUUUUUAGACUUCCAAUAUUUUUCACUUUCCAAGCAAAAUUUAGAUUUUUUUUUUUGGUUCUGUAGAUAAAAUCAACUGAAAGGGUGAUUUUUGGUCCCUUAAAGUUUGAUUUUUUAGACUUGGAUUCGAGGGGUUAUAUAUUUUAAAGAGCCUCCUUGAUUAAUCCUUUUUUUCUUUUUCUGAUUUUCAAACCUGUGCUUAUGUUUUGUCAAGAAACAGGUUGCUUUAUUUGACUUUGUUUCUUCUUCUUCGUCUUCUUUAUUUUUUCUUUCGGUUUGAAGAGAUGACAGCUACAAUGGAUUUUAAUAGUAGCGGAGCAUUUCAAUCAGAUUUCUAUGGAGGAGAAUUGAUGGAAGCACUUGAACCUUUUAUGAAAAGUGCUUCUUGUUCUUCCCCUUCCCCUUCUUACAAUUCUUUAUCUUCUUCACAAACACAAGCCACUUUUUACCCAGCAUUUUCAGGUCUGCAAGAGCCUCAACCUGGUUCAACUAUUGGUCUAAACAACUUAGACCAAGCUCAAUCCAACCAAGUACAGGCUCAGUUCCAUUUCCAAACCUACCACCCUAGCUACCUUUACCAAAAUCCCCAACCCAGCUUCAGCAGUAACCAUAUGGUCAGGUUUCUUAGCCCCAAACCAGUCUCAAUGAAACAGAUGGGUUCACCACCCAAACCUACCAAGCUUUACAGAGGUGUUAGGCAACGUCACUGGGGAAGAUGGGUCGCUGAGAUUCGGCUACCUAAGAACCGGACUCGCCUUUGGUUAGGCACUUUUGAAACAGCCGAGCAAGCAGCCUUGGCUUAUGACAAAGCAGCCUAUAAACUUAGAGGUGACUCAGCGAGACUCAACUUCCCUAACCUUCGCCACCAAGGUUCCCACAUUGGUGAAUACAAGCCUUUGCAUUCCUCCGUUGAUGCCAAGCUUCAAGCCAUUUGUGAAAGCUUGGAACAAGACCAAAAGCAAGGGAACAAGAAAAAAACAUCAAAGGAAAUGAAGAAGGACAAGGUUCAAGUGGCAACGCCUGAACCUGAGGAAAAGACAGUUAAGUUGGAGAACUCCUCUUCAUCUUCGUCUCCGGUUGUGUCGGAGAACGAGGUGUCAGCAGAAUCUUCACCUUUACCAGAUCUUACAUUCUCGAAUUUAAACGAACAUUCAUGGCCUGAAUUUGGUUUUUCUUCGGAAAACUUUAUGUUAUCGAAAUACCCUUCAUAUGAGAUUGAUUGGGAUUCUAUUUUAAAAUCCUAAAAAAAGAAAAAAAGAAAAAAAAAGGGUAUGUUUCAUUUCUUGAAACAGUUAAGCUCACUGCAAUCGAGUUUUUGGUAGUUGCAGUGGCAGGUCAGGGUCCUUAGCCUAUUGUAUUUAUAAGGAAUUGGAAAUGUUUCCCAUGGUGGUCAGCUCCUUUUUUGUACUGCUGAACCAAGGUAGAAAUCUGUUAGUGUGAAUGUAAUUGAAUUUAUCAUCUUUUUUAUUUACUACUUUGAAUGACAAUGUUUCUGAAAAAUAUAA